AAAGCAGCAAAAAUUGUUUUUCAUAUAACAAAUUUUUUAAAUAGUGAUGGUACACAACUAAAAACAGAUUAUCUUCAGUAUUAUUGGUAAGCAGAUAACUUUAAAAAAUUCUUAACAACGACAGUUGGUGGAAAAAUUGCUCAGAAGUCGGCAGCAGCAGUGAUCUGACAUCAUCGGGAAUGCUCUCGUCACCAUGAGCACUCGUCCAAGUCCGGCUCCGAUAAAACGUUCCUUCGAUGGACUCUUCAAUGCGUGGCUGGUGUUGAGAAACCAAGGCCACGAGAAACCCCUUCGAAAUGCGAUGUAUAACGUGAUGAUGGUGGCCGUGGUCGCCGUAGUGGUAGGAGUGACCCUGGUUCUGGCCCCCUUUUUCAAACCACUCCUGUGGGCGUUCCUGUUCGGGGCGGUCCUCUUUCCGGCCAAAAAACGCCUGGCCGAGGCUCUUAACGGCUGGAUCGAACGGAUCGAGAAGGAUGACCGGUACCUGGUGAUGGGAGUGCUGGGAGCGCCGCUCCACGGUAUCGAUUCGCUGGGUCAUUUUCUGACCGAAUGGCUCAAGGGCCAUUUGCGCAUCAUUGGGAUCGGUUUCGGGGCUUUGAUUUUGUUGCGGCUGAUAGUGUGGAUUGCUCCGGCCGAAAUGUUUCUUGGGUUUUGGAAUUUCAUCGUUUGGAACCAUUCACUUUUCAAAACCCUCCUGAGCUCGCUGUCGCUGCAAAUGCUCGCUAUCAUUGUCGUUCUGUAUGUGGUAAGUGUGUAUAUUCUCUGGAAGCCGGAACUGUCUGCUCCUUUUCUGGUGUUCGGCCAGAUGCUAUGGAUUCUUAUUGUGGCGUACGGAUGCAGUUUUCUAGGAGCUUUGCAGGUACCCGUUUUUCUUGGGUUGCUGAUUUACGGAGCCAUCGGGCUGGUUUAUAAUUUGCAAAAAGACGAACAGAACGUCCGGUUUAUCGAUAAAUGGCACAGUUUGUUGGACAUGACAAGCUACCGGCUGAAUGAGAGCAAAGCAGAGCCCUUGGCAUCGGUUCCGGUUUUGGAUGAAACAAGUGGCGGUGCGGACGGUUCACGAAUGGAAGAGAUCAAGUCUAAGCUACAACUGGAUGUUCCUACCACUCCGCAGCUUUCAAGUACCAUGAACGAUAGUCGAAGCAGCACCUACGUUAAUGCCACAUCCUACUGCCGUGUGCCAGAAACGCUAGAAAGCGAUCUUUAUUUCAGGAUACUCUUUUAUGCCUGCGGAGCGACACUGAUCUGGAUGCAUACGUGGAUUCUAUUUUUGGGAAUAAUCCCCAUGAGCUUACACCUGGUCAAACGAUUAGCAGAGGUGCUAGGAAUUUUUCAAUACUUCUCCCAAAAAUGUGAUCAAUACUGGGAACUACUGAAGCAUUGGCUGUUCCCACGACACGCAGCUCUACUGCCCUUAUGUUUACCCGGAAUACUGCGGGUAAAUGCCAACGUACAUCGGUAUGUUUGUGCCAAACUUCGUUCCUACAUCGAUGACAUCAGCUCGGUGGUAAUGAUCGGAUUCCUCAGCGUGCUGGUCAUGCUGGUCAGCGUUUUUGCAUUCACUCAAAUUUACUCGGAAACGAUAGCGGUGGCCCAACUUGGCAGCAAUCUGGUGAAUCGGACCUUGGCCCAUCGACCGGAAUUGAUCGAAAUGCUGCCAAUCGACAUGCAAUCGAUGGACAAUAUUUUGGACAAUGCCUACAAGUAUGGUCGAUCCCACAUCGAACAGUAUGUGGAUGAUAUUUUCAACGAUACAGAUCCGACGCAGGCUAAGAAACUAAAAUGCCAAAUUUUGAGUGUCUGGGAUCGGCUCAUCCAGAGCUGGAUGGAUCGUAACAAUGGCGAUAGCAUGGUGGGGCCUCGUGUCACCGGACAAUCGAUCCGUGUGACAAUCGAUGAAAUAUUCAUCAAUCCAAUAACGAAGGCUGGGAUCAUUGGCUUUGUCAAGAGCAAUAUCGGAAUGCUUUUGGAGGUGGCCGACUCUUUGUGGAUGUUACUUCGUACUAACUUAAAUUUGCUAGCAUCGGCAUUUGGCACAUUGUUUUCAGUUAUUCUUGGAGGCGGACAUGCUGUGCUGAAGUUUUUGUUUCACACUAUUAUCUUUUUUACGACGCUCUACUACCUACUGCAAAGCAGUCAGGAACGGUAUGCCCCAACCGGAAUCACUAUAAACAACUCCUGGGGACCUAGGAUAAUCCAGGCCCUGGAAGCUUCUAUUUCCAGCGUAGUAGUAGCCACCCUAAAGUUGGCUCUAUUCCACGGAUUGUUCACGUGGCUGACUCAUACCGUCGUGGGGGCACACAUCGUGUAUUUACCGGCAGUGUUGGCUUCUAUCCUUGCAGCCGCCCCAUUUUUGGAAUCAUACUGGUGCAGUGUACCCGCAUUCCUGGAUCUGUGGCUCUCACAGGAUCGCUUCUGGCUAGGGGCAAUUCUGGUUCUGGUACACUUCAUUGUUCCGUCCAAUUUCAACCCCAUUAUACACUCGGAAAUCAAAGGUGGAGGUCAUCCGUACCUGACUGGCCUUUCCAUAGCCGGAGGAAUGUACCUAUUUGGAUUGGAAGGAGCUCUUCUAGGGCCGCUUCUGCUGUGUCUGUUGGUGGUUCUGUUCGAGGUAACCAUGAGCGCCAUUCGUGACUCACCUAUUACGCCGCAAACUCGAAAAUCCAGCUUAGACACAAACAACGACCUUUAUUCACCCGCAACGACCUUGCUCCAUGAAUGGCAAGCCUUUAUCGGCAGGAGUGACCAACUAUCGCUUCGGUACCUUCCCAGAGAUGGUGGACAACGCCAGUUCGUCCCUGAGGUUGAGCUCGCCACCAGUGAUGACGACGACAUCGACCACGCUGGCCGGGACGACGACGAUGCGAUAUCCGUAGGGGAAGGGAAGGUAAUGUGAACUAUUGUGACCGAAUCAUUUAUGUUGGACCAACGAUUUUAGUUGUUGAAUAAUACUAUAACGUUUUUUUAACCCAAAGGAAAAACAAGUUUACUCAAUCUUAAUACCGAAUGGCAGCGAAGGAAUAGAAAGCUUUAUUGUUGUUAAGUCUGGUUAGAUUUUAUUUACUAGUUGGACAUUUGAAACUCGUUUCGAUUCUGGAAAACAAAACUAACCUUCAAGAAGCAAGUAGGAAUUCUUUUUAUUUUAUCAUAUUCUAAAAAUUAAAGAAUAGAAUGUAAAGUGGGUUUAUGUGAGGACUAAUCUACAGUUAAAGAAUUCAAUUAAUUUUUUUAAUCAACUUUUUCCUUCACAUCUUAACGCUAUGAAAUCCCGCCUUUAGACGGGAAAAUUCACCUCAACGAUCAAGUUUGUAAUCAUAAAACUAGAUUUCCGUGAGAUUUUAGCAAAAAAAAAAAACAUUGGGUAUUGGAAGAUUAACAUUUUUAUCGAUUAAAAAAACAAUGCCUUAAUAAAGCUUAGUUCUUUUAGAAAUGGGACACUUUCAUUUGCUAAUAGCUCGUUAACUAGUUAUUGGAUAUUAAAAAUUUUGACAGCAUUUUGUUGCCUGUAAAAAGUACUAUUCGACCUAUUUUUUUCAAAAUUUAAAAUUUACUCGUUUUUGAGAUAUGUACGAUGCAAGAGAAAAAGAAAAAAAUAAUUUUGCACAGUUUCCUUUAAAAUUCGUCAUUAUCAAAUUGAUAGCUGACAAAACCGUUGAUUAUUCAAAGAAUUACUGAGUUUUUGUGGUGGAUAAGUAUGCAAACACUGUCAAUAAUGUCCACAAAGUUCAAAUCAAGUAUUGGAGUGAAGCACAUGAUCGGCAACAACGGUUAAGGGUCAUCAAGGAAGUCAAGUCUCAUACCAGCCUUUUUAAUUUUCAAUAAACGAAAAACUAAGGGUAGAUCGCUGAAAUGUCCAAAACAAUUUUCUCCGAUAAGCUGAAAGUGUUGCCUAGUGAUGACUCAUUGAAACCAACCUCAAACAACCAUUUUUUGAUAGUUCCAAAGCUCUUAAGCUGUUAAACCGGUACAAAAAAAAAACGUUAAAAAAUGUGAUCAAAAAUAAUCAAAUUUGUUCAUUUCGAAACAACUGUAUAUUCACUGAAAUGCUUCCAGUUUCUUUUAAAAGAGAAGUAUUGGACCGAAAAGUAUCAGAAAUUGAAGAAGGAAGGUGAAGCCACCUAAAAUAUAGAUUUUACGAAGUAUAAGUUGAAGAAACUGAUCAAUACCAUGACUGAGAAAAGUGUGCGCCGGCCAAUGGGAGAUACCAAAAAUAAAGUAGAAAUUUCCUUAACAAAAAACAGUAAAUAUUUUUUUUCAAAUUUUUUCAUGAAAGAUCAUAACAUUACCUUCAUUUUCUUCAUAGAAACUAUUUCGUUCAAACGAAUAGUUUUUGAGAUACAGGCAUUCGUAACUGUCCCAUUUCUAAAAGAACUAAGCUUUAUGUUCGUUUCAAAUCAAACACAAUUUAGAGCAGUAAUAUAUGUAGGUUAGGGUGGCAGCCGAUUAGGUCAUGUUGAAUUUCUAAAACCUACCGUAUACAUUUUGUAGAUUGGCCCAAAAAACUGACCUGUGCCUCAUGUUAGAUUUGACUUUAAUUUGUAUAUCGAAAAUCCCAAUUUGAUAUGAUCGAGCCAUUUUAGGCUACAAUUUGUUCUUGAACACCCCAUCACGUUCUUCGAAGAUCUCGAGCGUGCAUAAAAAUUAAACCAAAAUGUAAAAGUCGGUCGCAAAGUAUAAAGCGCGCCACAUUUGUACAAAAUGCGAUGAUUUCACGACGGAGGAAUCGACUGUGGCAUCUGGCAGUCCGCAUUUGCUGCAACGUCUUCUCCAACAGAAGCGGCUAUCGUGGCCCAUUCCAACAUCGUCGGCUGCAAAAGCAGCACGUCGACGGUUCUGUUCAAAACGGUUAAGGCAUUGGUCCAUUGCAGUCGGCAAAUCGGACCACCUGACCACCAUCACAAGCAACAAGGAGUCAACUGUGGCGUUGGCCACAACUCCAUCAACAGUAGCAGAAUCAACUGUGGCGUUAGUCGCUCAAUGGUUGCAGUGCAGUACGAGCUGUGGUCUAUCGUCCGUACGAACAUUGAGAUCAACUGUGGCAUUGGAAAUGCUCUCGCGCCAACAACAGUAGCAAAGAUGAAUCCAAUACGAAGGAUUCGGUGAGCAGAUUUUCUGUGAGCUCAAUGGCAGUCUUCGAGGGCAACAGCAGAAGGAUUUGCGAAGCGCCGUAGAGAUGGGCAGAACAGCUCAUUUCAAUGAGCGGCUCACUACCGUUCGCUUGAAACAAUGAGCCGGUUCAUUUGAGCGGCUCAAAAUUGAACCGUGCCUCCCCGGUAAAUUUGAAUCGGCAGAGAGGUAACUCAAAUCGCCAGAGGGAUCGUAACGAUCUCUCUUGCGAUUUUGCAUCAUCACAUCGUUAGAGAGGAACACACCAUACGCGUUCCUUGGGUGAGUGCCAAGAAUUAAGCUAAGACACGCCCUCCAGAGAAACACACGAACACAAUCCGAAUCGUGUUUGUAUGUUUCCCUCCGAGACGCGUGUUCGCCUGCCUGAGAAGUCGACAGCUACGAUUGAAAGGACAAAAGGCGACCACACCGUACGAGUGUACGAUUCAAACUGAUUUCGCAUGUACGCAUUCGUAUUUGUUGCCUCUAGGUAUCUCGGCAGGACAAACCGAAUGAAAAUAUUUGCGUUCUUGGAGUGUCGCCGAAGUUAACCGUUUUAUUCUAAGUUCGGUGACUCAACUCUCAAUUUUUUGCAUGCUCUGUCGAUUUCUGAGAGGACGCGCUUACUGGGUCGUAGCUCAACAUAAACUGAAGAGCGAAGAACACCAGAAAGCCGUUCGUUCGUUCUCUCGAACCAAUAGAGCUAGGUAGGUUUUUCAAAAACGAGCCACAACACAACACGACACGGCUCGAAAACGAACCACGGUUCGAAAAAGAGCCACGGUAGGAAAGAGCCGCUACUCUCCGCUCAACUCUGGUUAAUAAACUAAAUGUCAAGAACUCCAUUCUCUGUUCGGUUCUUUUUCGAAACGUGUCUCUUUUCCGAACCGUGGUUUCUUUUCGAGCCGUGCGUGGCUUUUUUUUUUAACCACCAUGGCUCUUUUGGUUUAUUUAGCUUGUUUAGUGAUGGGAGAGAAACCAAAAGCUGCUUAUUUGAAUCAGGUCUUCUACUUUGGGCAGCGGUAAAGUUUUUUAACCAGUGUUGCGAGAGCGGCGUGGCACGGCUUAUUUUCGAACCGCGGUUCUUUUUUUAAGAGCCACGGUUCGUUUGUUCUUUUUGAAGAAUUGGUUCAAAUGAGUGACUCUUCAGCGCUUGCGCAUCACUACGAAGCGGACGGAGAUAAAUGGGAUCGUGAUAGACACAGAUUGUGCACGAAAGCGAGCCAGAACGAAACGCCGUAAGUCGAUAAAAUUGUAAACGCUGCAAUUGUUACCAAAUAUUAAAAUAACAAACCUUUCAUUUAGAUAUUUUUAUUUUUGUGGCACCAGAGGCCGAAUCUUAUUUGCACCAUUCAAAGCGCUCAAAGUUUUGGUUUUUGACUCUCAAAAAUCAUCUAGGGGGGUAUCAAAGGAAUUUGAAAAUUUGGAUUUUGAUGCCCAAAUUAAAUGCAUGAAACGUCGAGAUCUGGUGUUUUUUCGAAAGAAAGACGAUUUUUGGAGAUAGCCGGUCAACUUAAGGCCCCCCUAAUUCAAAUCCGCUGGAGCUGAAAAUUUGCACAGGUGUUUUUGCACAAAUCUACAAAAUGUAUAUGGUCCGUUUUCGAAAUUCGACAUAACUCAUUUGACUGCACCCCUAAUGUAGGUGCAUUGAGAGGCUCAGCCAUGCUUCAAGUAUUUGUAUAUCGAAAUGAUGAUUUUGUUUUCAAAAUUUUCGAAACCUGACGAAUUCAAUCGAUACAUUUUUCAAUUAUUUUUGGUUGGGAUUGAUAAUUAUGGGAAUAAUAACUCAAUCGUAACGGAAAACUGCAUUAUUACAAUUCCAUCGAAGGAUUAAAAACAAAGCUAAAACACCUAAAAUAAGAGAAAAAGACUCAGCUGGGUGGAAUCAAAACAAAUUAAAAAACCGUCAAAUGAGCGCUAUCAUUUUCAAGUAAAAUUUAAUACUGAAAAUUGUUCAAAGUAACAGCAUUUAAAUUUGGAAAAGUUAAAUCUUUCUUGUGCUUUGAAAUACAAUAAUACAAUACAAAUAGUUCAUGGCGUUUUUAAGGACAAAAAUAAAGAAAAAAAAUCGGAAUUUCUAAAAUUUUGCACAUUUUUGAAGAUCCAACGUACUAUUUACGAAAAAAAAUCGAUCGGGUUGUCUAAAACAACUUUUUGUUUUUAAUAUUUACGACACUAGGAUUUUUUUUUAAAUUUUCUGUAACAAUUGAUCCUAAAGUCUUCAAAUUUUCCAUUUUUAAGCUUAAAUGUAUUAAAACAUUAAGAACCGCGAAGAAAUUGAAGCCGAAAACUGGAUCAAAAUCUUCAAAUUUAGUAUUUUUAAGUUACCGAAAGUGUUAUGUUUCAUUUUGUAGAACAUAGUUUCAUGAUUAAAUUAAUACACGCAGCGAGAAGAUUUUUUAUUUCAAAGGAAAGUGCCGCAAAAACAAAGGAUUUUUUCCUUUGAUUUUGGGAUAAAUAAACAUUCCUUUGAUUCAAAGGCAUUUUCCUUUGUUUCAAAGAAUUUUUCUUUUGAAAAAUCUUUGAAUCAAAAUCUUAAUGCUUUGAAACAAAAAAACAGUUUCAUUUGAUGCAAAGUUGUUUUCGUUUGUUGCAAUGUAAUUUAUUUUUCGAUUUAAAAGGAUUGGUUCAUUGAACCAUUUUUCUUUUAUUCCAAUUGGAAGAAAUAUUUUCUGUUGUCCCGAAGUUCCUAUUAGGAAUUUUGAAUAAUAGAAAGAAAGACUUAACAUCUUAAAUUCAUUUUUAUUCACAAAAUUAACACAAACACUGGUUCAGUAAAAAUGAAUCAUCCGGUUCUAAUUUUUAACCUGAGGGCAUUCUUCUUGGGCCGCUCAAUAGACUUCCGGAAGCAGCUUCGGUUGCUAGCUUUAGUUGUCAUCCAACUAGUGAUUACCGCUGAAGAUCGGGCCGAAGAGAAUCAGACCGCUGGAUUUAGGGUGGAAUCAGCCGUGGUCUUGUAACAAUGCAAGAGUUUAUAUAAAAUCUCAAAUAUUCACUUUUUGAUUAACGAAUUAACACACACUUACCAUUCUUCAUCCUGAAUCCUCCUAAAUAGCUAUCUCUGAUUCACUAGUUUUGAUUUUCAACACAACCGGCCAAACUUUAUUCGAAAUUCGGUUCUUGCUCAAUAAAAAAUAUCUUCUAAGUUUGAAGUUUUAAACUAAUGAAGAAAGAACAUUUACUUUGUUUCAGAAGAAAUGUGCAAUUGAAAAAAAUUCUUUUGAAUCAAAGAAUUUGUUUAAAAUCACAGUCGAAAAUUAUUCAGUUCAAAAAAUUAAUUCUUUCUUUCAAAAAUUAUUCAUUUGAAUCAGAGCGAUAAUUCAUUUAUUCAAAGAAAACAGGAGUUUGAAUAAAAAAACUGAAUGUUUUUAAUCAAAGUCAGAUUUGUUUUGUAUCAAAAUCCAAGUUUUCUCUGCGUGUAAUAUUUCAGCUAUGCUCCUGUUUCUAAUAUAUUCAUGGCAAGCAAAAAACGAGAUAUCUCGUAUUUCAUCCGCAAUGUGUUAAGAUUUCCUUAAAUAAAUGUUAACUCCAAACAUUUUCAUGAAAAAGAUUUUUAACAGAAAAUUCUGACAAAAAGGUAUAAAUUUCAAAGAAAAUUUUGAAAUAAUCAACAAAAAGUUCCUAUAAUUAGCUAUGAAAAUAAUUGGCAGCCCUGUAGAAAAAUUAAAAAAAAAACACUGACUGCUCUGAAAGUGUAUUUUCUAUGAUUAUUCUAUCAGGUAUUUCCUGAGACAGAAGCUGGACCGCUUUUUUGAUAUUUUUUGUUUUGAAAAAUCAUAACAUCACAGUUGAUUUUUAUUUUGAAUUGUGAAGAUUAGAUUUGUUCAAUGAUUUUUCAAAAUUGAAACCUUUUUUUGGUUCAAAUUGAAUAUUCGUUUUCAGUAGAAAUUUCAAAUUUAUUAUCAGUUUAAAAUUCGAUGAAUCUAUAGAAACUCAUGUCUACCUGAAAAAAAAAAACGUUAUUGUGGCACAUAUCGUUUAACUUGCAUUUGGUUUUGUCGUCAAACACAUUUAGAUAUUGCGCGGUCAUUGAACAUGCUUAAUGCUGUUCGUUUGACAAGUUGGGAAAUGGCUGAUUGAUGACAAAAUGCAAUUUUGAGUUGGGGGGAGAAAUGACAAUUUCAACAUUCAUUUCCAGAAAUGUGACUAAGUUCUACUGGUUGGUAAAUCAUUUUUGAGGAAUUAAAAAAUAAAAUACUGAAUGUUUGAACAUUCACACCCUCUUUUUUUUCUUUAGAAUAACCAUACCCAAAUAUGUCCAACGUAGGGGAAAGUGUUCUUAAAUGCGCCUAGGAGGGUUAAAUGCGCCUACGGCCGUUUGACGAAAUAACUUAUCAAUACAUUUUGAGGGGGAUGUGCUUCGAACAUAAGGCAAGAAAUUUUUUUAUGAAUUUACCAACUCAAAAAAAUUUAAAAAUUCCUUCAAGGUUUUAAUACCUUCUGAUGUAAUAUUUUGACUUUAAAAAAUUAUACGUAAAGACGCUUAAAACAUAAACUUUGGUGGAUUUUGUUGCUUAUUCAAAUGAAAUUAAAAAAUAAAACAAAUUUACGUUUUAAUUAAGGUUUCAUUACGAUUAGGAAGUGGAAUAAGAGAGUGUUUUUGUAUGCCCCCAUCAUGUUUGUAAAAUGCUUUUAUCCUAAAAUUACAGGUUAAAUGGAAUAAUUAUAUUAUUUUCAUCAUUAGAACUUCGCAUCUAAACUCUAAUCGACAACUUAAGAGUAAGGUUGCUAGAUUUUUUUCAGCACGUACCCGGGCCGGAAAAUCCGGGCUUUUAUUUUAUCUAAAAACCUGGCAUGAUUUAAAAAUGUCGACCAAAAAUCCGGGCAAUAUCCGGGCAAAUUUGAUCAAAACCCAGGAACUACUCAACACAAAUUAAAUUAAAAAAAAAAACGAAAUUUUUUUUUCUUCAGCAGAUUUUAAAUUGUACUUUAGGCUUUCAAAAAACUUCUCAUGGUUAUUUUUAUAAAACUGGCUCAAAAAAUUUCGUUUUAGACGCAUAAAUAACAAUUUUUACAACACUUUUUUUGUGUGUUUUGGCAAAUAAAAUGAAUAAAAUGAAUAAAUCCGGACAACCGGGCCGAUCCGGACUUUUGUCAAAUUUUGCAUUAAAUAUCCGGGCAAACCCGGAUAAAUCUGGCAACUUUACUUAAGAGAUAAUUGAAGAUCUUAAAACAGAUUUGAUAAACACAACAAAGCAAACACUUUCUUGCUGAAUAAAUGCUGAAAAAAUAUCAUAGUUCAACUGUUAAUCAGCAAUCUGGCUGAAAGAAGGCCUCAAAAUUCACUAUUGCACGUGUCUUCAGCCUUUAAUCAUCUUGAUCUGGAGAAGUUAUUCAGCAAACGUCAUUUAACGCCAAUUGACGAUUCACCCCCAAAAAAAACCAAAAAUAAUGACCAAUGUCUGUCUGAUGUUUGGUACCCACUUUUCCCCCUCUGUGUUGUUUUUAUUUUUCGUUUCAACUGCCCCGAACUCUAAACCUUUGGCUUGUUGGUCGUAUGCCGCAAAAUCAGGCCAGUUUUACCACAGUUCACAGUCUGUCAAAUUUCAAUGGUAGCGAAUGGUUGAACAAAGGCUGAAAUAGUGUUAAAGAAGCAACUUUUCAACUCCUCCCAUUGGCUGAACUGAGACUUCAAUAAACGCUGAAACAUGGUUGCAGUUUGAAGUGUAAUUGCUGCUUGAACCUGUAAGCUGAAGCAGCAACUACACUUCAGCUCAGCUUUUGUUCAGCAAAUUGGCGUUUUUAAGCAGCCAAAAUGUUUAUUGGGGAAGUUCGGAAUUUUAGACAACAGUUAUAAUAAAAACGUGUUCUCGAAAAUUGAAGGAGAUUUCAACAUAAAAAUUACUCCAAUGUAUAGAAAACAGAUGCCUGCUCAUGUGUAUAUAGUUUUUGUACACAUAUUCGAUGCAUUAUUUUAAAAAACAGUAUUCUGCUUAAUAGGCGCAUAUAGCCCGCUUCUCCCAAACAAAUUAAUUUCGAAGAAGAAACAAAAUAAUGUUGAAUGAAUCAAUUGUAACUUUCUUUCCUCAACUCUAAUUUACAUUCUGCCUACAAUUGAAAUGAUCAUAGAGAGUACACCUUCAUAAAAGUGUUUUAGUAUUUUUUUACAGUGUUGCCAGUUAUUUGUACAGCUAAUUCUAGCAUUUUUCAAAUCAUAAAUGUUUUCCCAAAUUUUUCACCAAAAAUUAUGGUUGAAAGUAUUUAUCAUCAAAAUGAUUGAAGUUGUUAUUUAUUGUUGAAGAAACCUGAAUACAGCUAAGCUAUGUUUGAAAAUCUUAAAAAAAUGUUCUAGACCCCCCGAUUGUUUUUCCCCAUAGAUAGUGCGUUUUUUUUCCUUUAAGGUCAUUCUUCCUCGCAUAAAUAGUGCGUUGGAUAAAAGGAAGUCUCCUCUUUUAUUUGGCAAAUUUUCAGAGAUGCCAAUUGUUUUUCUUAGAAUCAUUCUCAACAAAAAGAUGGUGCUUGUGAUAUAGCUCAGUUGGCAAGUUGGUUGCUUCCUGAGCCGAUGUCCGUGAGUUCGAGCCCAAGAGUAAACAUCGAACACAGUUGUACCGGAUAAGUUUUUCAAUAACUGUCCGCCAACUGCAACGUUGAUAUAAAGUCGCGAAUGUCAAACAUUUCUAUAUAUGCAACUUCACUUUGUUGGUUGUCAUUUAAAAUGUUCAGUUUCAAUGUAUCUCGAAAGUUGAAUUGAAAUACUUGCUCUCUAUGAACCUGAAAUUCUCAAAUCGCAAUAUUUUUUUAAAUCCUACCGCUCUACUCUGUUCAUGAUUCAAAACCAUUAGAAACAUAUCACAGCUGAUUCAAUUUACUGUUUAAAAAAAAAAUAGAACUUUUUGUUCAAUUUCUUUGAAUUAAAGACCAUUCGAGCGUAAUGUUUCCUAUAUUUGCAACGCAGUUGUUAAAAGUUACAUUUAAAAAAAAACCUAGUUGGACAAAAGCUUAAACCGAUAGUAUUACAACAAAACAAAUAUUAAAAUGAAAUCGUGUAGAUUAUUAGUGUUACUUGCUUUAAAAAAAACAACAUAAAAUGGAAUUGUCAAUCAACAGCUAAUUUUGUACCCCUAUUAGAACGAAUAAUCAAAUUAUGAAAAGAAACUAAAAUUGCAUAAACUACAUUUGUGCAUCCAUAAGUAAACCGAGAUAAUAAGGUGGAAGAUAAAACUUAACAUCCGUAUAGCAUACGACGCACACAGGGGAAAACGAUGUAAAAAGGUGAUCAAAAUUGUUUAUGCCAAAACGGAGCGUUUUAGACCCAUAGUGUCUUCGGGACAAUUUACCUACAUUCAAAGCACUUUAAAAUGAGCUUUUGAUGAAAAUGAUUUAAUCACCUAGCAGUGAGAUAGAAAAAUUAUUUUUUGUAAUUUUCAUUUUAGAGCAGUUAUGUGUUCGGCAAGUUUUUAGAUUGUAAAAAAUGUAGCAACUUUGUUGAAGAUGUCAACGUCGUAAAAGCUAACCCAAAAAAGUUAGAAGGGUUCAAAAUUAAAAAAUAUUUUUAUUCAAAAUUUUCAGUUUUUCGACGAUAUCUUUUCAGGCCGAGCUUAUUCAGGCAAAGUAUGUUUGGAAGAGUUUUGAGUCACUCAAAACCAAACAGUUUUGUGGAACACACUUAAUAAAAAUAUUCAGACUGGAACGAGUUAGAUUGAAAAAACUAAGAAAAAACAGCUGUUUUCGUACACCUGUAUCUUUCUAGUUCGGAUGAGUUCGGUUUAUUUUUUGGUUGCAUCAGAAUUAGGCUGGUUUCGUCGUUAUAAAAACAUGGAGUUUACAACGUUAAAUUGUUUAUUUUUUAGCUUUAUAAAAGAUUAAAGUUAGCUAUUUUUAAGGAGUCUAGAGGACAAUUUAUUUUGCAUUUGAAAUUAAAUAACCGAAAAACAAAAUCGUCUAAUACAUUGUAUUCUAAGCGAAAAGACAGGUUGUAAGGUUCGUCAAUGGAGGCUUAAAACGUCACACGCGAGCGAGAGAAUGUAUGGCUGAAGUUUCAAUAAAAGUAAAAACGGUUGCUAAUUGUCAGAUUAAACAAACUUGAAAUUUGUCCUCUAAAAUCCUUGAAAAUUGUUAACUUGUAUCAUUUAAAAAGCUAAAAAAUAAACAAUUUAACGUUGUAAACUCCAUGUUUUUAUAACGGCUAAACCAACCUGAUUCUGAUGCAACCAAAAAAUGAACCGAACUCAUCCGAACUAGAAAAAUACAGGUGUACGAAAACAGCUAUUUUUUCUUAGUUUUUCCAAUCUAACUCGUUCCAGUCUGAAUAUUUUUAUUAAGUGUGUUCCACAAAACUGUUUGGUUUUGAGUGACUCAAAACUCUUCCAAACAUACUUUGCCUUAAUAAGCUCGGCCUGAAAAGAUAUCGUCAAAAAACUGAAAAUUUUGAAUAAAAAAUAUUUUUUAAUUUUGAACCCUUCUAACUUUGUUGGGUUAACUUUUACGACGUUGACAUCUUCAACAAAAUUGCUACAUUUUUUACAAUCUAAAAACUUGCCGAACACAUAACUGCUCUUAAAUGAAAAUUACAAAAAAUAAUUUUUCUAUCUCACUGCUAGGUGAUUUAAUCAUUUUCAUCAAAAGCUCAUUUUAAAGUGCUUUGAAUGUAGGUAAAUUGUCCCGAAGACACUAUGGGUCUAAAACGCUCCGUUUUGGCGUAAACAAUUUUGAUCACCAUUUUACAUCGUUUUCCCCUGCACUGAACAAAAUCGGGCUAUAAACAGUAUUGGGAAUUUUAGUAUUUUUGCACUACUAGAAAAUCCAAUACUUUUUAUAGAUGAGCGCAACAUUUUGCGCAUAUAGUUUAGCGUUCCGAUAAAUUUUAUAGGAAUUUCCAGUGAAAGUAAUAUAAUCGAAAUUUGAUAAAAAUGAUUAUUCUAGACAAUGAAAUGAAUGUAUUUAAUUUUAUUUUCGAUUUUUAAAUGGAUUUGUUAUGAAAAAUAAAACAUCUGGGCUUGUAGCAUUAUAAUAUUUUAUUUAUAUCUCCUAUACACUUACACCGUGGGAGAAGAAAAAAUGACAAUAACUUACAGCAGGUGGGGUGAUGCGAUGCGAGGAACGUUUCCGGCGGAUAUCUGCUUUUGGAUUUGGUGGUGCAGCUGUUGCCGCUGGUGGUGGCGAUGGUGAUACGAUCAGCGACGGCUUAGUGCGCUUCCGCCGUCGGUGAAAAAAACUGGCUCCUGGUAGCUGCUUCUGUGGUGUUCAUCUCUGCCUCCAGCCUUCGGAAUGUUGUAAUUGGUUAUGUUUUCGCAAUCAUGAUUGACGAACUGGACGAGUGAUGUUUUUUUUCGCCAAGUAUUGCUCCUGCUGUUCAUGAUGUGAAUGCAUGGUCGUUUCUGCCCAGUUUUCACCUCGUUCGGCGCUGGAACAGUUCCGGCGUUUGUCCGGCCGGAUGGUAGUUUUUUUCGCAUCUACUGCGAGCUGUACGGGGGGUAGAAAAAAAUUAAAAUUAUCGCUAAAUAAAACAGUUUUUCCACUUACCUUCAUCGCUAGCGAUGUUUUCGGCCUCGGUGCGUACAGUUUUCAGUACUUUUUUGGCCAUUUUACGGGUUUUCUUACCAAACCAAAUCUUACAAAUCAGUCGAUGUCGAGUCGAUGCGAAUUGUUAGUAAAUUUAUCAGAUAAGCAAAAUAUAAAUUCUAUAUAAACAUAGACAUUUGAAAAUUAAUGGAUUUUCUAAUACAUUUGAUUAAGAUUAUUAAGCUCAUGGUAUUCAUUAGAUUUUCCUAUACUUUUUAGUAUGUUUUUCUUCGAUAAAAUACACUUGCAGAAUUUAUUGAAUUUUCCAAUAACUUGUACAGGAUAAAUCAUUACUUUGUAUAUGAGCGAUUAACUUUAAAAAUUAUUGGAAUGACCUAGUAAAUUUUAUUUCCUGAUUUGGUUCAGUGUGUGUGCGACGGGAAGAAGAUUUAGUGCGACGGGCUUUGAGCAACUUAUACAAAACUAUUUAUGCUAAACUGGAACCGCUACGCUAAAGCUAAAGUGAACAGGAACAGACCGGGGACUUAAAAUCGUAACAAACUUGUUGUGAAAAAAUGAUGUUUAAAAAUUCAUUCAAUGUGAUAUCUGUGGAAGAGUAAAACAAGCUAGUUUCACAGUUCUAUUUAGUACCUAGACAGUAGUUAAGUAUCAAUGCUUUUUCGCUAGAUAUUUAUUAUCGAUGACAAAUUUUUAACCUAUUUUGUUUAUAUAAAUCGAUGCAUUACAUUCAUGUAGAUUCUUAUGAUAUUCAAAGAAAUGUAACCUAUAUUGUAA